AUGGCUCACAUCGAGGAGUACCCGGGCAGCGAAGAUGAGCGCGAACCAGAAAGGAACCUAAAAAGAAUAAGAGACCCACCGCGGGAAAUCUUGACUUUGAGCCAAAGGACCCCAGGGCUAGUCAAUACCAGCCGGAAAGGACUCGCCGCGUCGCGUAGACAAGCCAAUGCGUACGCGAGAAGGGCCUACAGCACCGGACACUCUAUACAUAGGACGAAAGUUCGACCGGCGGCUUUUUACCAAACGAAUCCGGUCAUUUUCUCGGACGAAGACGCAUCACCCUUUGAUAAUCUGCAUUCGGACGCGUUAGUCAUCACGACGCCGAUCUUCCUCAUCCCCGUGCACCGCAUUUUAGUCGACACUGGGGCCUACGCAAGCGUCUUGUACCUAAAGGCGUUCUUAAAAAUGGGAAUAGACAUAAAAGAGUUGCGCCCGUGUAACGACCGAAUAACCGGUUUCGACGGCAGAACAACUAUUCCUGAGGGAGAAAUCACUUUACCGGUCCAAAUAGGAGGAGAUGGACCGACGGGCAGAACAAUCAUGGAAACCUUCAAGGUUGUCAAACACGAAAACGAGUAUAACGCGAUCCUCAGAAGGACAACACUAUACAAACUCCGAGCGGCGGUCUCAAUAUAUCAUUACUCUAUCAAGUUCGCCACUUCUGAUGGGCCCGGAAUCCACUACGGCGAUCAAAGAGAAUCCCGCAAAUGUAUAUUGGCGGCCCCUUCCUUAGAAAUUCACGCGACUAGCGAAACCGACGGAUCACCAAAGCUCGGCCAAGAAGACACUCACAUGGAUGAGGACGAGCUCGACCGGGAUCGUGGAUGA